AUGUCGUCGACCGUCAUUGUCCUGCCCGGCCAGGAGCUGUCGCCAGACCAGCUGCCUUCUCAGAACACGACCCGCACAUUGACUCUUGGUCCCGGUCUGCGACACAUCCCGCCCGUCACCAUUGUCGCAACUCAAGCUGGAGAACUAUGUACCGACUCAAAGAAGAAUGCCAUCUGGAUUGAGAAUCUCGGAGGUCGCUACCUACCUCACACCGGAGAUCUUGUUGUUGCCAUGGUCCAACGCUCCUCCACCGAUACAUACCACUGUACCUUGACGCCGCAUACUCCAUCCGUCCUGCUCGGUCAGCUCGCUUUCGAAGGCGCCACCAAGAAGACAAGACCCCAACUCAACCCCGGAGCUCUCGUAUACGCUCGCGUCUCAAAAGCCGACAAGUGGAGUGAUGUCGAGAUCGAAUGUGUCAACCCUGCUACCGGAAAGUCUGACGGUCUUGGUCCACUAAAGGCUGGCAUGCUGUUCGACGUCUCGCCCGCAUUCGCGCGUCGCUUAAUGAUGGGUGCCGGAAAGGGUGGUGUUGUGCUGCUUGAAGAGAUUGGCGAGAAGGUCAGAUUCGAGGUUGCUGUUGGCAGAAACGGANAGGUCUGGGUCGACAGCUCAACCAUCGCAGAGACUGUCGCCAUUGGAAGAUGCUUGACCGAGACCGACGAGAAGGACUUGGACGUUCAAGCACAGAAGAAGCUCGUCAACAAGAUGGUCAAGACUGUCUGA